UAUUAGCAUAACGGUUGAUACUUACUACAUUUGAAUUCUCCACUAACAAGUAAGGCCCGGUUGCACACACUCUUCCUAAUCCUUAAACUGAACUUAAAGACGUUAAGUAAAGCUUAGGGCGUUUCAUCAAAGUUAAAGUGUUACUUAAAUCAUGCCAAGUUAAUCAUAAAUUAAGCCCUUGAUUUUGUUGGGCUUAUGAAGUUAUGGAACAGAUCAUAACCUAAAAAAUCAUUAGUUACUUAAUUACUUUGUUCCCAUUAUCCAAAAAAUGGAUAAUUUAAUUUUGAGAGACGAUAUAAUAGAUGAUGAUUUGGAGAUAUUCGAAAUUAUCAAUCAUGGAAUUCCUCGUCAAGUCUUUUUAAGGCCAGAUUUAUUCCAUUCACAUGAUGACAGAGCAUUUUUUAGCCGAUUUAGGCUGACCAAAGAAACUGUUCUACAAUUAUUACCAUCAAUUGAACCUUACAUAGAACGUCCAUACAACAGGAACAACACUGUUACACCAAUGAAUCAGUUAUUAAUUACAUUGAUGUAUUUUGCUUCAAAUAGUCAUAUGGUAACUAUUUCUGAUGUCGGAAAAAUGAAUAAGUCGACAGUAUGUCGGAUUAUCAAAAGAGUUUCUAAUGCAAUUGCAAGAUUAUAUAGGGAUUAUAUAAUAUUUCCUAGAAAUGAGUUAGAAGUUAACCAGACCAAAAAUAAAUUUUUUGAUAUUGCUUCUUUCCCCAACGUAAUUGGAGCUGUGGAUGGAACCCACAUUAGAAUACUGUCUCCAGGAGGAGAUGAUGCUGAAAUAUUCAGAAAUAGGAAAAAUUAUUUUUCGAUUAAUGUUCAAGUAAUUUCUAAUGCAUAUUUAGAAAUCACUGAUUUAGUUGCCAGAUGGCCAGGUUCGGUACACGAUGUAACUAUAUUUAAUAAUUCCAUUAUCAGAAGACAAUUUGAAAAUGGUCAACACCCCGAUUGUUUCUUACUUGGUGAUAGUGCUUAUGCUAUGAAAGAUUAUCUAUUAACCCCAUUACAAAAUCCUCGAACAGAACCAGAGCAGCUUUAUAAUGAAUCGCACAUACGUACGAGAGGAGCAGUUGAGAAAUUAUUUGGAAUCUGGAAACGGAGGUUUCCAAUAUUAGCGUAUGGAUGUCGUCUGAAGCUAGAUAAUAUUUUAACCAUCAUUGUUGCGACGGCUGUGUUGUACAAUAUAGCUAAAAAAAUGGGGGAGGCAGAGCCACCACUUCCAGCUGAAGUGGAUGAACAUGAAUUUCAAGUGCUUUUAAGAAAUGGGGAUAUACCAGUGGUACCUAUUUUAAAUCCAAACCAACUGUUAGGACCUCAAGUUAGACAGAAUUUGAUUAUAAAUUAUUUUGCUAAUUUGCAAUAAAAUUAUCAC